UACAGCCCAGCUGUAGUUUAACCUCUUUGGACCUGUGUACGGUUUUCUGCAAACCAUGUGUGAUUGUUUGAGCGUGUUUGAGCAGCCUUGAUAGAGCUCCUUUAUCAGUCUGCGUUCCCAUUUAUACGGGAAAAGUCUGGAAUGCAACAGCAGAAUCCACAGAGAACAGUCACAACUGUGUUCAGAAGACUGACAGUGAACACUUUCUCUUGACAGUUCAAUAACUUCCAUUCUGUUGGCCUCUGAAGCUGGACAUGUUUGCCAUCACUGCCACAACACUCCGGCGAGGAGCUUGGAGAUACAGCCAGUGCACCAUGGCAACAGUUGUCUCCGGCAACAAGACCUCACAACAGGUGAGGGAGCAACUCAAGAAGGAGGUAGCAGAGAUGAGCAGUCAGUUCCCAGGCUUCAGGCCCGGCCUGGUUGUUCUGCAGGUCGGAGACCGAGAUGAUUCGAACCUUUACAUCAGCAUGAAGCUUAAGGCAGCGGCUGAGAUUGGAAUCAAUGCGAGCCACAUUAGACUUCCCAAGACAGCCACAGAAGAUGAAGUUUUACGUAGCAUUAUUACAGUCAAUGAAAACCAUGCAGUCCAUGGUUUCAUUGUACAACUGCCCCUUGAUUCUGUCAACCCGAUAGACACAGAAAAGGUGACCAAUGCUGUGGCCCCAGACAAAGAUGUUGAUGGGCUGACCAGUAUAAAUGCAGGGAAGCUGGCUCGAGGAGACCUGAGGAACUGUUUCAUCCCAUGUACACCUAAUGGGUGUUUGGAGCUCAUCAGUCAGACCGGCGUGAGUGUAUCUGGGAAGAAUGCUGUGGUGAUUGGGCGCAGUAAGAUUGUAGGAGCGCCAAUGCAUGAUCUGCUCCUAUGGAAUCACGCUACAGUGACCACCUGUCAUUCAAAGACUCAUGACCUUGCCGAACAGGUGGGCAGAGCUGACAUAUUGGUUGUGGGUGCUGGCAAAGCUGAGAUGGUGAAAGGAGAGUGGGUGAAGGAGGGGGCGGUGGUCAUAGACUGUGGUAUCAAUCAUAUAUCAGACAGCAGUAAACCCAGUGGGAAGCGUGUAGUCGGGGACGUGCACUAUCCCUCAGCUGUACAGCGAGCUGGGUACAUAACCCCAGUGCCUGGUGGGGUCGGACCCAUGACUGUAGCCAUGCUGAUGAAGAAUACAGUUCAAAGUGCACAGCGGUUUCUGCAGACAUACAAGCCAGGGAAGUGGAACAUUGUCUACACAAGAAUGAAACCUCAAAUGCCACAUCCAAGUGACUUUGCAAUCUCCCAUUCAUGCCCGAUCAAACCAAUUACCCAGCUUGCUAGAGAGGUGGGCCUGUUUUCCGAAGAAGUGGAGCCAUAUGGCAGGAGCAGGGCUAAGAUACAACUGGGCACUCUGAAACGCAUGAAGAACCAGCCUGAUGGAAAAUAUGUGGUUGUCACUGGCAUUACUCCUUCUCCAGUGGGCGAGGGAAAGCGCACCAUUGCUCUUGGUUUGGCUCAGGCCUUAGGGGCCCAUCUGAGUAUCAACUCUUUUGCCUGUGUGCGAGAACCUGCUCCUGGAUCCUGUUUUUGGGCUAAAGAUGGAGGUCUUGCUGUUGGAGGUGGAUACUCUCAAGUGAUUCCUUUGGAAGAGGUCAGCCUUCAACCUACAGGCCAAAAUGAGGUCAUCUGUACUGCCAGUAGACUGGUGAUGGACGCUAUAAAAGCGCAUGUUCAUUAUGAGUCAAAGCUUUGCGAGAAGUCUUUGUUUGAUUUAAUGGUUCCUCUCAGAAGAGGUGAAAGGUCAGUCUCUCCAGCCCAGCUUAAUCGACUGAAGAAACUGGGUAUUGAGAAAUCUGAUCCCUUGACCUUCACAGAGACCGAAAUAAAAGAAUUUCUCAGACUGGACAUUGACACAGAGACUGCAAUAGACUCUGGAUUUUUGGAAAAUGAGAUGAUGGCUAUACUGUCACUAAGCAGCAGUGAGGAUGAUCUGCAGCAAAGGCUUGCUAGGAUUGUAGUGGCUACAAACAAAUCUGGAGACCCUGUCACCACAGAGGAUUUGGAUGUCAGCGGUGCAGUGGCCAUGCUCUUGAAAGAUGCACUAAAGCCUGUCCUAAUGCAAACCGUGGAGGGUACACCGGUAUUUGUUCACACCAGCCCAUUAGCUGACAUUGCUCAAGGCUGUACUUCCAUCCUGGCAGACAAGAUGGCCCUAAAAUUGGUUGGAUCUGAAGGAUUUGUUGUCAGCGAGUCUGCUCAUGGGGCCGAUGUGGGCUUGGAGAAAUUCUUCAACAUUAAAUGCCGCUACUCAGGCCUGCAGCCAAAUGUGGUGGUGAUGGUGGCUACUGUUCGUACCUUGAGGAUGCAUGGUGGUGCUGCUCCAGUCCGGGUAGGCUGGUCCCUUCCAAAGGAGUACUCACAAGAGAACAUCAAACAGGUGGAACAAGGCUGUUAUCACCUGAGGAAACAAGUGGAGAAUGCAAAAGCCUUUGGCUUGCCAGUUAUAGUAGCUGUUAACACAUUCAGGGGUGAUACUGAUGCUGAGCUGGAGCUGGUGUGUUGCCAAGCGAAACAAGCUGGUGCCUUAGAUGCAGUACUGUGCACAAACUGGUCUAAGGGUGGCGCUGGAGCGCUGAAUCUGGCCGAAGCUGUUCGGAGAGCAGCAAAACUGCCCGGACGGUUCAAGUUCCUCUACGAACCACAGAUUCCAGCUGCUGAAAAGUUAAGGUCUGUGGCAAAGCAGAUGUAUGGAGCUAAAGACAUAGACUUUUCACCAAAAGCCAAGGAGAAGCUUGAGCUUUACACAAAACAGGGUUUUGGGAAUUUGCCAGUCUGCAUAGCUAAGACACACCUGUCCCUGAGUAAUGACCCUAAGCUGAAAGGAGUGCCAACAGACUUCAUCCUGCCCAUUACAGAUGUCAAAGCCAAUGCUGGAGCUGGUUUCCUUUGCUGUCUGACUGACUCUACAAAUACAGAAAUGGUUGAUCCCGUGUGGCCCGGUUUCCAUGGCAACAACCUUUUACAGUGACUGCAAGUGCCUCAAUGAUGAUCUAAAGUAUGAUAAGUUUACAGUAAUUAAUGAUCAAUUCAACUUUUAAUACUUUGAACUUUUAAUUGAAGGUAUAUCCUUUUUAAUAUUGAGAAAUUAUUGAAACUCAUUAUGAUAACUUAUUAGUAUAAUACAGUGAAAAAUCAUCAAACUGGUCAUGGCAUUACCAAUUUCAGAUAUGGUCACUCCUGCAUUAAAACACUGUGAUUUUUGAACUGUAAGAUAUUGUUCACCAUAGAUUUUUAGUCAAGCAACAUUCAAUACUGUGCAAAAGUAUUUAUAAUAUAAGUAGGACACCAUGCCACUGUUAAAUUGUUAUUUUUGCAAUGGGAUUGUGAUAUAUAUAUCACAGAGAAAAUACAAAAAUGUAAUCUCAUGACCUUAGGACUCCUCAAAAGUGUUCCCAAUGUGGUUAGUGCCAAGGGAGGUCACACUAAAAAAAGACUUUUACUGGAACAAGACAUUUUGUUCUGAAAAUAUGGGCUUUUUUAUAGGGGUGCGCACCGAUAUAUCGCCUGAUGAUGCUUGCUAUGCUUCUCAAUGAAUUACUGUGAAAUGCCAGUACAUCCAAAAGCCAGAGGGCGCUCUCGUGCAGAAACUCAGUAUGAGAACCAUACAUACGCAGCUAUGACACGCAGCUCCAGGAAAUGGCUUUAGGAUAUAUUUAUAAUUGCUCUAAAGGGAUUUUCAUGAUAAUAAAGAACAUGUAUAAUGAUUAUGUUUGACUAGUUUUGCUUUUUCAAAUGCACGACUCAAACUAACAGUGAUUUCAGAUCGAUAAGCACUUACUGAUCAAAAAUAGCUGUGAAUAUUAUCGGCUGUGCGAUUCAGAAUAGUUAUCGGCCACGUAUUAUUAGUGUAUAUCGGCAUUUAUUGGUGCACCCCUACUUUUUUACAAUUUGUGCACAUAUUUUCCAUGUUUGUUUCUUGGUAAAGAGAAUGAAAUAUAAAUAUGGAUGGUCAUUAAAAUUUAGCUGUUGGUGGCCUAAGACUUUUGCACAGUACUGUAGAUCAUCUGACAAGACCAAAAUGUCUGUGUGUUUCUUAUCAGUGUGUUUACUUAUUCAAUUAAGUUAGUAUUAAGAUAUUGCUGCCAUUUAUCUUGAAUUGAGUGUAACAUCUGCCAUGGCAUAUUCAUGUUUGUCAGUAUUUUUGAAAGGUGCAUUUGAUUUUAAAGACCAUGUGACACAUUGAUUUUAUUUGAUGGCUUAGUCUGUCUGUCUGUCUCUCUCUCUCUCUCUCUCUCUCUCUCUCUCUCUCUCUCUCUCUCUCUCUCUCUCUCUCUCUCUCUCUCUCUCUCUCUCUCUCUCUCUCUCUCUCUCUCUCUCUCUCUCUCUCUCUGGUUUUCUCUCUCUGCCUCAGUCAAAUGAAAUAUUAGCUUAACCUUUCAUUUUUCCCCCAGACGUUGCUGCUUCCUAUAGAUACUAAACUGAUUGUAAGCUAUAAUUAGAUAAUUUAUUUUUGUCUAGUUUAUUUUUAACAUAAUUACUUUGAGAAACAUUAUGCUCAGCAGCCAAUUCUCUUGUCCUGUAGACAGUGUUCACUUUCAAUAGUCUAAAAGUGUCCUUUCCAGACAUCUGGAGCUGUGAGUAACAAUGUAGAUGUGGCACGAGAUGGUGCCAGGGGGCCCCAGUUUUAUGACAUUUUUAUAAAAUACAUUGCUUUAUCACAGAUUCUUUGUGAUCGAACCUCAAAAAAUUAUAGCUACCAACCAACAGCACUACAUUGUAUUAUGUUAUAUGUUUUGUUUAAUAAAUUCAUAAAUAUGUCCUCAUUGGUGUCAAAUGACCUCUGCCAAUGAUCUGACUUUUCUUUGUAAGCUUAGAUU